AUGCCCAGCCCGGUGCCGCGAGGCCGCCGGUCGCCCACUCCCGCCGGCGCUCGGGACCAGCCCCCGCGCUCAGGCGGUUCCCCGGCGCCCCAGCGCCGCCCGGCCGGCCCAGGCACACCCCGCGCUCCCGGGCGCCUCGAGUCGUCCUUCUCCGUCGAGGCCAUCCUGGCCAGACCCGCCCGCCGCGCGCCCGCCGCCGCCGCCCCGCUGUCCGUUGCGGUCGGCGCCGCCGCGAGGCUCGGCACCGCUCCCUCCCGGUUUCCCGCGACGUGGCUGCCAGCCUACCUGGGCGUGGGUCUCCACCAGCCGUGCCCCCAGCCGCCCGGGCCGGGGCUCCGCGUGGCUCACUUCUGCGGCCUCCAGGGCCUCGGCGUCACAGGCUUAGAGCUGGCUCACUGCUCAGGCCUCUGGGGCACCCCAGACUGGGCUCCAGCAGAGGAACUUCAGGACACUGAGAGACCCCAAAAGAGGGUUCGGACUAUGUUUAACUUGAAGCAGCUGGAAGAGUUGGAGAACGUGUUUACAAAGCAGCACAAUCUUGUGGGGAAGAAGAGAGCUCAGCUGGCGGCCCAGCUCAACCUUACGGAGAAUCAGGUGAGGGUCUGGUUCCAAAACCGCAGGGUCAAGUAUCAGAAGCAGCAAAGGCUGAAGCUGCCAGCUGCGUCUGCCAUGGCUGCCUCCCAGGAUGAGCCCUCCAGGAGCUCUGAUGACAGCGUUCAGAGAGAAGACACUGAGUCAGGAGUGGACAGCUGA